AUGCGCCUCUCAGCGUCAAUUGCGGCGGGCCUGGCCCAUGUCGGACUCGCAGCGGCACAACUUGCUUACGCUGACAACCAAGUCACGGUGCUUCAAGACGAGGACCAUGUCGCGACCAACUUUCCCGAAGUCGAAGGCAUUGAGCUCUUCUCACCGGCCUUCGUCAGUCCAGACACCGUUCCCGAAGCCUUCGCCAAUGGCACGAGCGGCCCCACGGACGAGCUGACGAUGGAUCACUUCCUCCGCACGCUCGCCGCCCGCAACGACUACAUGACAUACCACAACCCUUCCUUCCAGUCGGAAGAGGGCCGCUCACUGCCGUACAUCUAUCUCUCAACCUCUGAGAAGCCGGGCAGGAGUGGCAGUCUCAAGAGCUACGCCAACAGCACGCGGUCGAACGACAAAGUCCGCAUCUGGAUGCAGGGCGGCGUGCACGGCAACGAGCCGGCCGGCGACCAGGCGCUGCUGGCGCUCCUCGGACAAUUCGACGCCAACGCGACGUGGGCUGCCUCGAUCCUGGAACACCGCUACCUCGCGACCUCGUUCGACCCAAACCGAGACCACACCAAGCUCGCGCGGCAGCAGACGCGCGACAUCAAGAAGCUCGUCAUGGACUAUGCGCCGCACGUAGGCGUCGACUGCCACGAGUACACGGCGACGCGUGCCUACGGCGCCUCGGACCAGUGGCACGCGGCGCAGGACGGGCAGUUCUCGGCCAUGAAAAACCUCAACAUCCAUGCUGACAUUCGCGAGCUCUCGGAGACGCUUUUUGCCGACAGCAUUGCGGCGGCCAUGGAGAGCCGCGGCCUGCGGUGGAGCCCCUACGUCACAGGCAACGCCGGCAGUGACGACGUCGUGCUCGACGAGACGAGCUCGGAUGCCAAGAUGGGCGACACAUCGGUCGGCCUCAGCCAAGCCGUCAUGUUCCUGACGGAGACGCGCGGCAUCCGUCUCGCGGACCAGCACUGGCAACGACGCGUGGCGACGGGAUUGACGAUGGUGCAGGCACUCGUACAGACGGCAGCUGACAAUGCAGAGCUCGUCUAUGACACAGUCGAGAGGGCACGCGCUGAUUUCAUCUCGAGCGACGAGGCCAUUGUCAUCACGGACUAUGCGAAGGCGACGAACAUUUCCUGGCCCUUCAUCGACGUGACCAACGGCAGCAUUGUCGACGUGCCGGUGACGUUUAUGAACACGACACCCGUGACAGCGAACCUCACGCGGUCGAGGCCGCAGGCGUACGUCUUCUCGCGGGCGUGGCACGACGUCGCCGACAGGCUGCAGGCGGCGGGCGUCGUGGUGGACGUGCUGUACGGCGAUUUUGAGGGCCAAGUCGAGGCGCUCAACGUGACGAGUUCGAUCGUGGCGGCGUCCAAAUACGAGGGCGUCGUGCGCACGACGGUGACGACCGAGUCUGUGAGCAAGGAGGUGAAGAUCCCAGCGGGAAGCUACUGGGUCAGUACGAGACAGAAGAACGCAGCACACGCGUUCAACGUGCUGGAGCCGGAGAACAUUGACUCGUAUGUCACGUUUAACAUUCUGCCGGUGGACGUGGGCGAUGAGUAUCAGGUGUACCGCGUGCCGGUGUGA